AUGCUUAAGGUUUCUGAUAAUAACCAACGUGAGCUCAAAGAUAAUCGAAAUAAAACAAUUCUCGCAGCACUUAAUGAGUAUAAAAAUUAUCCUCCUAAUGUUAAACAUCCCAGUAUAAGCAGCAUAGCAAGAGACUAUGAUAUUCCUAGAAUCACUUUACAUCGUGCUAUUAAAAAUGAUAGCCCUCCUAAACGUCAGGGCCCACCUACUAUUCUAACUGAACAUGAGGAAAGCCAACUCGUUGGAUAUUGCAUUAACAUGCAAAAGCUUGGGUUUGGUCUUACUCGAUCUGGUGUCAACCAUUGUGUAAUGGAAAUAAUGCGAUGCAAUAAAAGACCACAUCCAUUUGGUGAUAAUGGGCCAGGUCGAGAUUGGUGGCGCUGUUUUAUGAAAGAUCAUCCCAAACUUUCUUUUCAUGUUCCCCAAGAAUUGUCCGAAGCUCAGGCACAAAGAGCAAAUGCAGUUAUUGUUAAAAACCAUUUUGAUAAACUAAAACAAGUAAUUAAUGAACAUUCACUUACUGCUAUGCAAAUUUGGAACAUGGAUGAGACUGG